AUGGGCGACAUCGAACAACUCCAAAGUCAACUCCAGUUAUUGCGAGAGAAUUCGGAACUACUCAUGUCAUACUACGACACACAGGUGGAAUUGUAUAAAACUAAAAUAGAGAUGACACGUAAUAAUCUUCAACUCGAGGUCGAAACGCAUUACCAGAAGAAGCAAGACUGUUUUUCAAAGCUCAACGAAUUACAAAAAGAAGCGGACGUACUUCAGAAAAAAGUUGCCGCACAACAAGACUACCAAAAAUCUCUUCUGGACGGAGAGAGAAAUGGUUCACUCAAAAAGGAAAUCAACGCACUUAAAAAGGAUAUUCAAAUGCUUGACAUUGAAAAAGAAGUCCUCACGAAGAAACACCAAGUCGUCUUGCUCCGCACAGAUAGUUCUAAAAAAGAGAACGAAAUACUAAAAAAACAACUUGGAGGGUUACGCCAAGAACUUUCGGUGGUCGAAAAUCAGUGUAGGAAGCUUCAAGAGCAGCGAAAAAGAGGGCGGCAAGACCAGACAGACCCAUCUAACUAA